AUGGGACGCUUUUGGCCGUUCAGCCAAUCACGUCAUACUGAACCAGACGAGACUCAAAGUACCCAUCUCUUUACCAAUGCCGUUCACUCACAGACUUCGGGCAACAAUGCACGGCUUGCAAACGCUGAGAUGAAUGCUGAAGGACAACAGUUUACCUGGACUACCUCUUCCAAACCCUAUAGCUGUCCUCUGACGGUGCGGUUGAAAUCAGCACAGAGCAUAACAACCAACCAUGAUGACCGUUUGAAGAGCUCGCAACAACGUUGGAGCAGCAAUCCCCCGUCAGUUCCUUCCCCGUCUCGAAGUACUUGUUUCGCGCCGGUUGACGCAACACCAAACCUUGCCAGAUCACAGCUGCUAUCAGAUGCAUCGGUAGCUCUGAACACUUCCCGCCCCGUGCUCAAUCAUCCGUUUUCCUCACCAGGCCACGACGAAGGAUACCAGUCUCGCUCAGCAGUAUACGGAUUUGAUGUAUCAGACAUCGUGAGUCACAAAAGCUGGUUCUUAGAUGACUCAGACGCCGAAGUGGACAAUCAGGACAAAGCACCCACAAAUGCAAUUCCUUCGGUCAUCGAGUUGCUGGAAUCCAGCCUCUCGGAACAAGAGAUUGUUGGCAAACUUGUCAAUGAGGUUUAUGCCUCGCCGAGUGGCUGUAAAUCAGGAGAGCCGUUCGAGCACAACUUCAUCGCGUCUGAACACAGCCAUCCGCCCGAAGAAUAUACUAGGCUUGGGAAGAGGACGAGAAGUCCCAAAAACCAUCGGGAUCCUUCGAAACUGCGAAGGCACUAUUCACGGGAAAGUGAGGGUUGCCAGUUGACAGCGGCAUACUCUGCUUCACCUCUGUGUGGUGCAGCAGAAACUGCGUCCCGUCUCAUACCGUUCAGGAGUAGCUCUUGGAGACAUAUCGAUGCCCCCAAGGAGACAGGGUACGAAAAGGUGUUCGGUACUUCGGUACUGGAAGGAGUUGAAAGCCAGCGGAAGCACUGUGGACCUCCCCAGUUAUCCUGCCCACCUGUUGUGGACUAUGCACAGGAAUCGACUGGCCGUUGCUUGUCAACAGGAAGGCGCUUAGAUAGUGCUCCAUUGCCGGAAAAGCUCUGCCACCUCAUGCCAGCAUGCAUGCGAACUUCUCCGGUGACGCUUCCCUGGGCACUAUCACCUUACGAGAAGGCAAUGCAGAUACUGCUCGAUGCGGGAGUCGAUGUCAACGCUCAAGGAGGAGAAUUUGGCAAUAAAUUGCAGUUCGUGUCAGCACGUGGUCAGGGGGAGAUGGUGCAGGCACUGCUUGAUGUCGGAGCUGAUGUUAAUGCUCAAGGAGGAUGGUACGGCAAUGCGUUACAGGCCGCAUCAGCACAUUGUCACGACAAAGUCGUACAGAUAUUGCUCGAUGCGGGAGCUGACGUCAAUGCUCAAGGUGGAUGGUACGGCAAUGCACUACAGUCCGCAUCAUAUAGUGGAGACCAGAAGACAAUGCAGAUACUGCUCGAUGCGGGUGGUGAUGUCAAUGCCGAAGGAGGAGAGUAUGGCAAUGCAUUACAGGCCGCAUCAGCACGCGGUCUCCAUAUGAUGGUGCAGAGACUGCUCGAUGCAGGAGCUCAUGUCAAUACUCAAGGAGGAUGGUACGGCAGUGCACUACAAUCCGCAUCAGCAGGUGGUCACGAGAAGGUGGUGCAGCUGCUGCUCGAUGCGGGAGCUGACGUCAAUGCCCAAGGUGGAGAGUAUGGCGAUGCAUUGCAGGCCGCGUUAGCACGCGGGCAUGAAAAGGUCGUGCAGAUACUGCUCCGUCAAAGAGCUAAUGCCCGUCCUGAACAGACGACCAGCGGCAAGCGGAGACCUAGACGACAACCACGAGAUGAGCUAACUAUUGCCAUACCCAUUGCGGGUCUGGCUGUGGGGAAACGACGGACUGACCCGAAAAUCGUACAAGAACCUGAACCUUACACGGCAACAAGUCCUUCAUUUCAUUUGCUCGCAAGUUACAGGAACAGAGACAGCGUGGAAUCUUCAUUGAGUCGAUGA